GCGCCAUCUAUUCGCAAAUCGUGUCGCGGGUUUGCAACCUGUAUGCAUGGGUUUCAUUUUCACGGCGGCCGAAAAACCCAGCGAGAGAAGUGUUCGUUAUUUUCCGAAAGCUAAACCGAAAAACCCCAAUUAAAGUCAUCAUUGAAUUAACCAUCACCUCGAAACAUCCGAGUGCAACCCCAGUGAUAAUAAAUCCAUUCCCAGUUGAUGAAUUGAGUCUGUCGAUAUCCACCAGUGUCGAGGAUUCCCUUGAAUAAUUGUCCAUGUGUGAUAAUAGAAAAUAGUUGAUUUGCGACGAAGCUCAAAACGGUACCAAAAACCACAUAAAAAUAAUAAUAAAAAUACAUAUAUCGAAUUGUUCAUCGCGCAGUGGCGGGGCGGAGGGGAUAUUGGACGAAGUGGCGGGGUGGGGGGUGUGUAGUGGUGAGUGUUGGGUCGUGAGAGGCGUUUAGGCCCGUGCGACAAAAUCAUCUUGGGGUAAAAAGUGUUAAAAAGUGUUUACCACCACGUUAUAAGGUGGCGUUUAAUGGAUCCAACUAUCGGUUGGUAUCAACCGGAGCAGUGUGGCCCCACCAAGGACUUGUGGUUACACAUUUGGGAGGCCGAAAAGGGUAUCGAUAUAUUGACCCUUAAAAACGAUAAUUGUGGUGUUGGUUUGCACGGUGUUACAACAACAAUGACAACUAAAUUUAAUCAGGAUUAUAUACCCAUUGAUAACAGUACUAGUCGUGUUAACGAUGACAGAACGGUGAUUAAUCGUCAGAUACACAAUGCCUGUAACAGUUAUUACAAUCCAUCGAGAAGGAAAAGUGAUAAUCGUGCUAGUACACACGGUAUGGACUACAAUCAUGACGCACUUAUUGGGGUGUACGGUGGAUGUCCUUGGCGUGUACCCAAUAAAGUGUAUUCCAAGGGUGUCAUUGGGCUCCACGAAGAGAUUCAAGAUUUCUACACGUACAUGUGUCCAUCACGAGAGGAGCAUUGUCUUCGAGUUCGAGUAGUGAAAAGAAUAGAACAAGUUAUAUAUGACCUCUGGCCAGACUCAAAAGUCGAGGUCUUUGGUAGUUUUCGUACUGGGCUCUAUUUACCCACCAGUGAUAUCGAUCUUGUGGUGAUCGGCAGAUGGACAAAUCUGCCUCUACGCACCCUCGAGAGUGCUCUCCUCGAUCAAAAUAUUGCCGAGCCAUCGUCGAUAAAAGUAUUGGACAAAGCAAGUGUACCAAUAGUUAAAUUGACUGACAAAGAAACUGAGAUAAAAGUUGAUAUUAGUUUCAACAUGAAUAAUGGAGUCAAAUCAGCGGAAUUGAUUAAGAAGUACAAGAAACAGUAUCCAGUGUUGGAUAAGCUCGUUAUGGUACUCAAACAAUUUUUAUUGCAGCGUGAUCUUAAUGAAGUAUUUACUGGUGGUAUAUCGUCAUACAGUUUGAUUCUCAUGACCAUCAGCUUCUUACAGCUUCAUCCUAGGCAAAAUGCUUACAACGCUGAAGCUAAUCUGGGUGUACUUUUGAUUGAGUUUCUAGAGUUAUACGGUAGAAAAUUCAAUUAUGUUAAGACUGGAAUUAGAGUUAAAGAUGGUGGUACUUACAUAUCUAAAGAAGAGGUCCAACGGGAUAUGAUUGAUGGCCAUAGGCCGUCCUUACUGUGCAUCGAGGAUCCACUCACUCCGGGCAAUGAUAUUGGCCGCAGUAGUUAUGGUGCUCUCUAUGUUAAGGAUGCAUUUGACUGGGCUUAUCAUGCACUUUCUCAGGCGGUUAGUCCUCUCAAUGUUCUUGUCAACGAUGCGAAUAAAGUCAGUAUAUUGGGACGAAUAAUUCGAGUAACUGACGAAGUCAUCGAAUACCGUAAAUGGAUCAAGGAAACAUUCCCACCUUCUAUUGGUGAAUUAGACUCGCUGUCGAGUUCAACUGGCUCAGAAGCUUCCACCCUCUCAGCACCAGCUAGUGAUACAGAUUCUGAGUGCAGUCGGGGAAACUCGCCGAACACUGGUAGUAAAGUUGAUGAUCGUAACAAGGAUAGGAAUGCAUAUAACAAUCACAACUCCAAUCAGCAUCACCAUUGGAAGAAGCCCUACAAACCGAGUGGCCAUGUUAAUCAUCAGCAUAACUCGAGAGGUACUUAUCCACGUGGCAUGAAUAACAACACCCUGGCCCAAAAUAAAAUGAAAAAUGCUCAACACAACACCAAUUCAAAUACCCAAAAUAAUAAUGGCGGUAGCCAAAGUCCAGGAUCAAGAGUGCAAGGACCAAAACGAAAGAAGUUUGUCAGCCAUCGUGCACCAGGUGAUUGUGUACGGUGAUGAAAAACGUAUCCCUCCUUCCCGUGUUAAAAAUCCCAUGAAUAUAUGAACAUAUAUGUUGCGUUUUUCAUCACUGAUGAAAAAUUCAUUUAAAAGUUGAUAAGAACACGCAAAAAGCUCGAGCUAUGCUCGUUUGUCUUCGACAGAACUCGUGCAAGUCACAGUGUGAAUAAUCCUAGCAAUAAUAAAAAAAUAGGUAAUGUCUUAAAAAGAAAAUCGAAAAAAAAGUUUAAUGAUUAAAAAAAAAAACUGCUGAUCGUCGUCGUCGAAAUGGAAUUUGAAUUUUAUGCAUUUUAUUUCGAUUUAUACUAAACAGAAAAAUCACAGAAGUGAGAAAUAAAUGAAAAAAAAAAAGUAAUAAAACUAAAACACAAAAAUAAAAAAAAAGAAAUUAGCAUUUGACGAUGGGACGAUUGGUCUGAAAUGGUUAUCGAUGGUGGGGGAUUUUAGCACCCCCUUGAUUACUAUCGUAGUUUAAUUUUCUGCUUUUAUGUGUUGAAACGUAAGUGAUAAGUCGACUCGUCUCAUUCUAUUCUGUUAAUUAUAAAAUUCUCAGAUUGAGAGAUUUUAGAAGGAAAUUUCAAAGGACAUUGUUUUCCGUCAUCAGACGACUCUUUUGACAUUUCAGACAAGAAUUACUACAGAUUCUACGACACUUGGCACAGAAUCUUUUCAUUCUUACCACGCAAUUAUAAUAAUGCAAUUUAUCUUAGAAUUAAAUGGCUAAACAAUUUAUCACAAGACAUUUUCUUAGUAAAUUUUAUGAACUAGAAGGAAGUCUUUUGACAUUAUCCUUUAAAUUCACCCAAUUGGGAACAUGUCGUACUUUUUAUAAUAGAAUUGGACUCUCAAAGAGGUGACUUUAGGUGAAAUCAUCAGGAGGAAUUUUCUUUUGAUAUUUUUUCUCUAUAACUAUUCCAAUAACAAACUGACAAAUGUAUAAUCUGCACAGAAAUCGUGUAAUUCAUAUUAAAAAUCAUGUGUUUGUUCUAAUGAAAUGUCAACGGAUUUUUUUAAACGUAAAUUUGUCGGUUGGAAAAAGGUCACUUGACAUUUUUCUUGGAAGUCUCUCAAUCGUAAUUUAAUCUGAUAACUAGCACAUUCUGUAAUUAUUAUAAUGAAAUCAACCACCGCUGUCAACAGCACAAUUAUUUCAGAGGUUUAUGACUGAACCAAAUUAUCAGAUGAAAACUCCUGAUGAAAAUUUUUUUCUACAGUAAUCUCUCAAUGUUUUUUGGAUCCCUCUGCAACGAGACGAUUGCCUAGUUCGUAAACACAUUAUUGAGCUCACAUUUUUAAACGUUUCUUUUUUUAUUGAUGGAUUUUGAAAUUUGAUGUCUUAUUUGACCUGGGUCUCUCCUUUAAAAUACAAUUACCUCAGGAUUAAAAAUUUGAAAACGAAUGAAAUCCACUGGUCACAAAAAAUUUUGUCAACCCCAGGUCUUUUGACAUUUUCUGCUAACGUCACUAUCAUGGGAUAAUUGCGGAAUAUCAUUGGCAUCCGCGUGGGGAAAUUUAUUAGUUACAAAAAUUAAGAAAAGUCUCUCGACAAGUUACCCUAACAUCACUCCGCCAUGAGGUAAUAGCGUAAUUAGUAAAGCUAUGUAAGCACAUUUUGACACAAGAUGUUCUCAUUAUGUCAUCAUCUCAAUGAGUGAAUUUAGAAUGAAAUGUCGCGAGAUAUUUUUUACGUGAAUCGAGUUUACUCCACAAUUUUCCCUAAAAUAACUUCAUUACGAGAUAAUAAGGAGAUUAGGAAAUUUCCUUGAAUCAUGUAAUUUACGUCUGGAAAUUAAAUGUCCCUUCGGAUUACGAAAUUAUCUGAAAGUGAAUGUUUUAGACAACUCGAUUUUUUUUGAGAAAAUAUCGUCAGCUGUAGCUUCUUAAAAUCACUCGUUUUCAAAUCAUUAAAUAGCACGGUGCAAGUAAAACAAAGUUAAUUCCAUGUAGAUCAGCGGUUAUUUCCUUCUGGGCGAUGUAAAAUAAAUCGGCGACGAUGACGUUCCUAUUCUUGACCGUCAAAUUCCACCUCAUUAAUUCUCAGAAAUCGCGAUCAUUAACUAAUCAAAUUUUUAAGGACAAAAAUAGGAACAUCAAUAAGGCAGAUUCAUCUUUUAUCGUGUUAUCAAAAAUAUUUGAAUUGUUUUUCCAGGAUGAGCUACUCUUAGAAGUCAAAUUAAUAUCAUUUAAAUAAUUUUAUGCUGAAUUCCACGAUUUUUCUUAUAGUGGUAUAAAUUUCAUAUUUUGAAAUUGUUUUCAAUAACUCGAAAUUGAAGUCGUGUUUGGCUUUUCAGUUACGUAUCCACAAUUUCGAUAAAAUUAUUGUCUCUUCCCCCUCGAUGAAUUAAACGAAAUCGUCCUGAAUCGAUAUAUAUAUAUUUGUAUUUAGAUGAAUAUGUAUAUCAUUGGUUCGUUAAUUUUAACGAAUGAACCAAAGAAUAUUUCAGCAUUAAUUUAAAGAAAAAAAAAAUAAGCCGACGUGCUAUGGAGAGAGCACCGAUAGCGGUGUACUUCCUAACGGUCAUAAUUUCUCAUUUCACCCUUCACAGUUCGUAAUGUCCCCUCUGUGAUUAGAUCCCCUGAAAAUCUUGCGUGGCCAAUUUGCAAAAUAAUAUAAAUAUAACGUUUAGAAUAAUAAUGUAAUUAAAUGACUGCGAUAAUGGUGCGUUUGUUUUUUACGUAAUAUUAAUACAUACUGUUUUCUUUUCAAGCCCCUGAUAGUAUUAAAUGCACUAUCGUCGCAACGUCAAAGCAAUUAAAAAUUGUGUUCAUAAGAGAUAUAAUUGAUGAAGAAAAAAAAAAUGAAAAAAGUCCGAUUUUUAGAGGUUUUUUUUUGCGGAUCGUGUUAAGCCUCAUUGCCAUAAUAAAUAACGAAAAGAUGAUAAUGAAAAUUAUAAGCUUAAGUUGUAAACGAAGAGUCCUGGAUUUUCUUUUAUUCAUUUUUUAAAUUGUCUACUGUGUCAGGAGAGCUUCAGAAAAAAUUUAUCAUCAGAAUUUGGUAGUGAAGUUGUUAAAGUUCAUUUUUGAAAAAUGCAGGAGUGUCUUGAUAAUAACUGGAUUGAGGAGAAAAUUAUAAAAUUAAUCAAUUGAUUUUGAUCAUUGAAAAAUUAGGAAAUUCAUUUCCACGAUUUUUUUGUGGGGAAAAUUGUCUUUGGCACUAGUUAAUAGUGUUUUUUUAAAUCGGGAAAUAUUUAUUUCAAGGGUUUGCGGUGGAAAUGUCUUUUUUGAAAUUACAUCGGUUAGAGGACCAAACUCUUCAUAUUUUUCUCAACACCUCUCCUUUUCAAGACACCAACAUUUAUCAAAAUUAAUACAUUUAACUUGAACACCGAGUUUUGAUUGAAAUUAGAAUACCAUUUUUUCUUAAGUGUAACAGCCGACAAAGACUUAGUUUUCUAUAACGAAACUAUAUUCUUGUAAGUACGAGAACAGAAAACUAUUGGAUUUAGUAAUAAAAUUAUGAAGAACCGAAAAAAAGGAAAAAAGCUGAAAAAAAAAAUUAAAAAUCUGAAAAUCUAGGAAAAAAUAGUAAAAAAAAUGAACGAGACUUGCCUAAUGUACAUAUUGUAAAAUAAGCCAUUAAAUUGAAAGAUUAAUUAACUCUAACAGUUGUCUAGUAAUAAAUGUAUAUGUAUAAAUAUA